UCAUCCUUCCUCAUCCAUCAUUCUCAUAAGUAGAGUGCAUCAUUAAAGCCAAGCAAGCAGUGGUCAAUACAAAUCCAUCAUGAAGACCUUUCUCAUCCUUGCCCUCCUUGCUAUCGUGGCGACCACCGCCACAACUGCAGUUAGAGUUCCAGUGCCACAAUUGCAGCCACAAAAUCCAUCUCAGCAACAGCCACAAGAGCAAGUUCCAUUGGUACAACAACAACAAUUUCCAGGGCAGCAACAACAAUUUCCACCACAACAGCCAUAUCCGCAACCGCAACCACUUCCAUCACAACAACCAUAUCUGCAGCUGCAACCAUUUCCGCAGCCGCAACCAUUUCCGCCACAACUACCAUAUCCGCAGCCGCAAUCAUUUCCACCACAACAACCAUAUCCACAACAGCAACCACAGUAUCUGCAACCACAACAACCAAUUUCGCAGCAACAAGCACAACAACAACAACAAAUCCUUCAACAAAUUUUGCAACAACAACUGAUUCCAUGCAGGGAUGUUGUCUUGCAACAACACAACAUAGAGCAUGCAAGCUCACAAGUUUUGCAACAAAGUUCUUACCAGCUAUUGCAACAAUUAUGUUGUCAACAAUUGUUGCAGAUCCCUGAGCAGUCGAGGUGCCAAGCCAUCCAUAAUGUUGCUCAUGCUAUUAUUAUGCAUCAACAACAACAACAACAACAACAAGAACAACAACAACAGUUGCAGCAACAACAACAACAGCAGCAACUGCAACAACAACAACAACAACCGUCGAGCCAGGUCUCCUUCCAACAGCCUCAGCAGCAAUAUCCAUCAAGCCAGGUCUCCUUCCAGCCAUCUCAGCUAAACCCACAGGCUCAGGGCUCUGUCCAACCUCAACAACUACCCCAGUUCGCGGAAAUAAGGAACAUAGCGCUACAGACGCUACCUGCAAUGUGCAAUGUCUACAUCCCUCCACAUUGCUCGACCACCAUUGCGCCAUUUGGCAUCUUCGGUACCAACUGAGAAGAGAAGAACUCUAGUACUAGAUAUAUGAAACACCAUUUUCUUAGUCCAUGGUUUGGUCGUUGUAGCAGUGAAAAAAAUAAAGUGACAUGCACUAUCAUGUAAGAACCCGAACUAUACUAGUUCAAACUUGGGAAUAAAAGACAAAUACAUGUCUUGUCUACA